AUGGCAUUCACGUUCACGGCUGAAAGGCCACCAAAUAGUCAUAUGAAAACUCCUCCUGGUCCACCGGAUCGUGGCGGAAAGGGCGGAAUCCAUGAGAACGACAAAUACGUGAAAUCAACAGUGUCUUUUAGAGACAAAGUAUUGGGAAAUCAUGCUACUAUGGAAAGGGAAAAGGUGGAUCUUAUUGCUAAAAAAAUGGCACAGGUUGAACUUGUGCAGGGAAACAAAUUAAUGCCAAUGCUUCACCUAGAGAACUCAGUCAUCGAUGAUUUAAGUGUUCCAUGGAAAGAUGCAUUGGUUGUCAAAAUCCUAGGAAAAAAUUUGGGCUACAACACCAUGAAAACAAAGCUUGAGAAUGUUUGGAAACUCUUUGGUGGGUUUGAACUUAUGAACAUUGGGCACGGUUACUAUAUGGUCAAGUUUGAUGGUGAGAAAGACAAGAAUACAAUGAUCAAUGGAGGUCUGUGGAUGAUUUACGAUCGCUACCUCGCUGUGAGCCAAUGGUCCCCAACGUUCAAUGUGGCAACCACAACGAUUAAUAAAACAAUGGUUUGGAUACGAAUUCCAAGCUUGAACCUUGUCUACUACGAUGAGAGUGUUCUUUGGGCAUUAGCAACAAUGAUAGGUAAUCCUGUGAAAGUUGAUAUGCAUAUGUUGUGUGUGGCUCGUGGUCGAUUUGCUAGGAUUUGUGUCGAAGUGGAUCUUACUAUUCCAGUGGUAGGGCGCGUCGGUAUCAAUGGAGAAUGGUAUCAAGUUCAAUACGAAGGCCUUCAUAUAAUAUGUACGCAGUGUGGUUUGCUACGGACAUGUGCUUAA